UGUCAUCAACGUUGCAAGUACUUGUCACACUCUUGUCAACAUGAUGUUUGAUUGGCAUUUUCUCGUUGCGUUGCAUGCAGUAAAGGUGUCAAGACGAGUCGAGUCGGGAUCGAUGCAAGCAAGUCAAGACCAAACUGGCUACUAGCUAGUAGGGGAGCAUUGCCAUCGCCUGAGCAUGCAGAAGCAUUCACAGAGGCGAUGGAACAGCCCUGACACUCUGACACCAAUUGAUGGAGAUCAUCAGUCAUGCAGUAUGAAGGGCAACGUUGCCCACGGCAAGUCAAGUGGUUGGCUUGAUGGCUUGGCUUGAUGGUGUCGGUCUCAUAAAAUCAACCUCACCCACUCAAUCAUACAAUACAAUACCAUCAUGAUAGUCUCUGCUUUUACCCCACAGACAACGACAGUCCAUCCAAUGUCCAUUGGACAGUCAUCACUGCAUCCAGGCAUCUUCACACAAGUACCACAAGUACCACAACAUGCUAGUUCCAGAAGACGGCCGUUGAUGCACCCAGCCCUCUUCACUCCCUAUACCGCAACAACACCCCUUGCAUUCCAACCAUCCAGUAGUACCGCCUUGCACUCUUUUUCACCCGUGCAAAUGGCAGGAUCCGUAGCCACAUCCCCAUCGACCGCCUCCUUUUUGAGGUUGGCGGUGGUGUUUGUGGCGGGUGGUCUCUUUUGCUCCUCCGCCGUGGCGGCAUGUGCCGCGACAUAUGCCAUUGGCAAGAACAAUCUGAUUCGAUUCAGUUCCAUGGCGUUUGUCUUGUGGAGGAAAAUUUGGAUGACAUUUACCACUGGCUUAUCGGACACACGCAAUACCUUAUUGUUGGAUGAACCAACAACCACAGUAAAACAACAGCCAAGAUAUAAAAAGGCAUGGAGAGUCCUCAAGACCAAGAUGCGAGAAACGCGACAAGAAGCAGUCGAGGGAGUCCAAGCCAUUCGAACUCAAGUGCAAUUGUGUUCGGCAGCUGUCGGACCAGCCGGUCUCAUCCCCAUGCAGUACAUGCUCGAUCGGCUCUUGCCUUACAACAUUGAAGCGGGGGUCAAGGCAUACCUAGAGCAAGCAAUGGAUGAAAUCCCCUCGUUGUUGUCGUCCACCGCCGGUAUCAAGAAACUCCAAUUGUCGCACUUUUCCGUCGGUGGAGUCACUCCCAAACUGGAAGCCGCUCGCAUGUACGAUGUUGGCCCGAAUGCCAUGGCCAUGGAAUGCGACGUGACGUGGGAGAGUGAAUUGGAAGCCACCGUACAGGUCCAUACAGGACUCAUUCCACCCAAAGUACCCGUCACGGUCAAAAAUGUGCGCUUUCAAGGACCCGUGCGAAUCGUCUUUGCUCCCUUGACCCAAAAAUCCCAAUUUGGUUUUGGGGCUACAUUGGUCUCCUUUCCGUCCAUGCCCGAGAUUGGUCUCGACGUUUCCGUGGCAGGAGGAGAAGUGACCAAAUUGUUGCCCCUGCUACGAAGCGAAUUGAUUUCCGCCAUUAAACGACAGAUUGGCGAGUCAAUGAUCUGGCCCAAGCGUGCGGUCAUUCCUUCGGUGGAACCGGACAAUCAAAUUGUCUUGUCUCCCGAGGAGCUAAAGGCACUCGAGGUGACGGACCCACUCUUGGAGGCCGAACAAAACUCGAGGCCCAUGUUGCGCAACAAGUUGAACCAAAUGUCGGACGUGCUGGAACAAGACCACUUUCCCGCCGUCGACCUUCCCAUGCCCAGUUUUGCACAAGACCACCAAAUGAAUGUCGACAAGCCAAAAACAAAAGAAGCCAAGGCCAGUCCAGCGCCACAACCAGAACAGGAUAGAAAUAAUGUUCCCAUCUGUGCACGGUUGCAACAGGCUCAAGCAAAAGCCAUGGAGCAGCAUCGUGUCAACAUGGAACAGUUGGGCUGCAACGUAAAGCUCAUGCUCCAGAACGGGGCAACUGUCUUGGAAGAUAUUCAAAGUAAAAUCAACCAGCAGGGGGCACGGGAAGCGACAGGGACGAACCAGGCAUGAUCAUAGAACACACCAUGCUAGAGAUAGAUUCGUAAUGCAAUAAAAUAAAUAUAGAGCUAGACGAUACAAGU